AUGGGCCGUGCUCCUCACCUAAGUUGCCCCACGCAGACACACACAGCAGGAUUGAACAUUAUGCCAGCAGGUUAUAAACAGGCCACAGCACUGGACUCCCACACUCCUGGCAGCUCUGCCCAAAGAGCUGCAGAGCUGGACACUCACAUCCAUUUCCACAGAGCCUGCAAAGUGUGUAUGGUACUGUGUGUGUGCGCUGUGUGCUGUCUCCUGUGUGGGGGACUCAGGGAUGAAGAUCAGUACCUCCUGCGUCACUCCAGCCCAGCCCUGGACCAUGACUCACCCUGCGGACAGCAUAUGCUGCUGGCUCACCUGGAGCACCAGGACAAGGAGCAGCUCCAGCGCACCCUGGCCCGCCUGGAGAAUGAGAACAGGGUGCUGCAGGGCGAGUACAGGCGGCUCAAGUGGAAACACGAAGAGGCAGCGUCAGUUCCCAUGCUGACAGAGGCUGGAGAGGGCGGUCCAGGUUCACCCACAGCGGGAGGGCAGCAGGAUGAGGAGCUCCUGGCCGAGGCACGCGUUCUGCGGCAACACAAGACACGCCUGGAGACCCGCAUGCAGAUCCUGGAGGACCACAACAAACAGCUGGAGUCCCAGCUGCGCAGGCUCAGGGAGCUACUGCUACAGCCCAAAGAUGAUUCAGAGGCCAACGGAUCAGAACCAUCAACCCUGUCUUCCCCUGUGUCUGGAGGAGGCCACCACGGGGAGCCAGCCAGCAGAGAGACCACUGACACUGAGGCAGCAGGAGAUGAUAUGGAGCACGAGCAGGACACGGUCCUGCAGCUCCAGGAAGUCAUCGAGCAGCUGAGAAACGUCUUCCCUUCAGAACCGGGCACCACCUCACACAUCUAACCCUGAGUGGGCCUGGAGGAGCAAAGUGAAAGCCUGAAAGGACACCUGAUAGCAGCGGGAGGAGCUCCAUACAGCUGAGGUCAGGCCACAAUACACCAGGCCCUGUGACCACUGCAGUAGCUAUGAUACCCAGAGCUAACCCUCCACUGAAACUUUGUGCACUAAAAGCCUAUUUCAUGCAAACUGCUGAAGGCUCACGCUGAUGUCUGUUUGGCCAGGCUGUGCUCGAUAACUUCAGUGGCGCAGCCUGUUAACGAGCCAAAGGAAACUAACGUUAGCAGCAGGUCAGGGAGAGACUAAAGUAAAGGAAAAUGCCCAGCCAAGACACUGUGCUUACCAGUAUCUGUGUAGUCGUUCGGAGGUGUGAAGCUUUAUAUCAGUCCACAGCACAAAAUGGACCCUAUGGAUUCUAUGAAAGGAACUUUAAAAAAUACAAAGAAGAAUAAGAAGGAUAUCCCCUUGUUUUGUCCAAAUGCCUGUAUCUUCAGUGUGUCUUUUUUUUUCUCCUUGAAUGUGUUAUCAUGGUUAUUUUUGUUUUUUGAAAGGAGGUGGUGUGUUAAAGCUCGCUUGUGUAAACUAGGGCUGGGCUGACUGCAUUUCAUGUGGCUGCAUGGUGAAGAUUGUCAGGGAGUUGACAGCACCCACAACGAGCUUAUUUACUUUGUGAGAAUGACACAUCAUCAGUUAAAUCCAUGAUUUAUUUAAGACAGCCAAAGUGCCCGCUAGCACAGCGCCUCUGUAUGCGCACACUGUUUUCCUCUAAUCCUCUCAAACUGCUUGUCGCUCUCAUUGCUCGCCUCUUCUAAGUGAGCCCUUUACGCUCAUAGAGAACCACUCGCACUCACUGUACGCACACACAUGUAUGCUGCUGCUACAUCAAUGCUCCCUAUUUAUAAUGCACCCUUCCCUCAUUGUGCACAAAUACCCUCCUUGCAUGAUCAAUAAUAUGUCCUGUGCUGUAUCACUAAAAAUACAGACUACAGACAGUACACUUUCAUUAAAAACGGAGAUCCAUUUCAUCUCCUUAGCUCGCGGGAUUCAGACAAGCUAUCAGUUUUGAGCCAAUUUGUAUUGUGACUGACGCUGGGGUUUUGUUGAGGAAGUUUCUGCCGAUAAACAUCAGCAUGCAGGUGUCCGCUCUGGGAUCUUAGUGCUCUCCCGCUGUGCGCAGAGAAAGAGAAGGAAAGAGCUCCAGGCAAUGUGCUGCCAGGCUGAAGCUCUCUCCCUCUCUCUCGUCAAGGCCAAUUCCAGACACUACAGGGGGCUACAAGGCACACCACCAUAGUGUGAUCCUACACUGACUUCAUCCUUAAUAAUCCCUCCUCUCCAUGUAGAUUUGAAAAGGAAAGUAGCUAUUGACUAUACAUGCCUCAUUUUCCCUUGCUAAUGCGAACUUAAUUGCUUUCAGAUUUACAAAAAGACAAGUGCUUGAAAUGGCUUUGGCCUCAUCACAUCAGGGUCAUAGAGUCUGUUCUGUUCUAAGCAUAGCACAGUCAUUUAAUGCCUUAAAUCCAAACUGAAUCCAUAUAAAACAAGAGUUUGUCUUUCUAGACUUUUUGUAUUGUUGUUGUGCUUUUACAUUCAGGGAAGGGAGAUUGCAUCAGUAGUGUGUAUUUGUGUGUCAGUGUCAGUCCCUGGACAGACCAGUGGUUCAUUUCUAGUAACAUGAAGCAUAGAAAAGCGUGGAUCACAGCGCGUGAGCAUCCACGUGUUGAAGCCAGUUAAACAGGGCUUUUAUGAGUGAACCCGUGAUACCAGGGGAUGCUUGGAGGGACUAAAGAUCUGAGAGACAAGAGGACAGGUGGAAAAAAAAAAAACCAAUCCAUUUAUUGCUCAAGGGCUGGUGAGAGAGAUCCACUUUGAUGUGCCUGCCACGGCAAAAUCUCCAGAAGCAGGACAAGAGGUUGCCUGAAACAAGUAAGCUCUGGCUGUUUUUCAGCAGUCAUACCGCCUCAUUCACACAGAACAGGCAGAGAUAUACAAGUUUAAGUUUAUACUUUAUUGAUCCCUCCUGGGGAAAUAAUUUUUUACCCAAAUUAUUUUACGGGCGGCACAGUGGUGCAGUGGUUAGCACUGUCGCCUCACAGCAAGAGGGUUCCAGGUUCGAACCCCUCUUC